UUAAACAAGUUUACUUCUUGAUCGGAGUUACUAGAUUCUUAAUACCGUUGCGCAAUAAUUACGUUGUCUUUGACUCUUAGCGAGACUGAUUAUGCAAAGUUUAGGAACGGUUAUGUGUUUUCGUUCUACGAUAAAAAGUGACGAUUACUUCGUCGUUAAUUAAAAAGUUUUUAAGUGGCAGUGUGUACUCUCUGUGUGAAGGCAGUGCGUCAAAAAAACUAAUAAAAGAGUCGAUUUAUCUUGAGAAAUUCAUGGGAACGGAGUCGAUCAAUUAUUCCGAUCCAAUAAACUCGUGACUGACAGGCGCGGAUCGCAAAUCUUUAUAGCCCACCUGUAAAUGUAACCACUUCGGAGCAAGUACGCGUCUUAAAAAUUCGUCGAUUCUCGGAAUCCCCUAUUUGGAGGCUCUUCCGCGUACCUUCUUAAUUACCGCGAGCGUCGAGCGAGUAAUUCGAUCAGACGAUCGUCUCCUUUGCACCAAGUGCACCUGUUAGACUCGCUUUAACGCGUUCAAUUAUACUGCUAAAAUUACUCUCGCGUAGAAUCGAAUUAAGUAACGGGUAGCUUCAUUUUAUAUUGUCCCUUAAACGAGGAGUAAGAAAUUCUUCCAAGAGAAGAAUAAAUAACAAGCCCCACUUAGACGAAUUUUACAAGAUGUAUAGGACUCUCUUCACUGUGUUACUGUCCACCGACAUUUUAUUUCACAUCUCUUGUAAAUUAUUUCAACCGAAUCAUUCAAACACAGACACCAGCGUCUAUCCAUUAAUAGAAAAAUGGGCCAGAAGCAGUCCCACAAAAAUGCUGACCAUCGUCCUCGACGAUUACGAACAACCACAAAUGUUAGACUUUCCUAAAAACGUAUUGAACAAUCUGAACGUCUCUAAAAAGCUAGUCAGCUUGAAAUAUUUGAUAUCUCUACGAAACAAUGACACCAGUCGAGGAUAUGAAACGGUGGAAACUGGAAAUUGCGUGCUGCUUCUCUUCACGAAUAUGGAACACCUUCGAGACCUGUUCAACUCUCCGCAUUUGAUCUCGUUCUGGCAUCCGGAGAACUUUUACAUCCUCGAGGAGCAGGGGAAAUUGGACUCGUUCGAUCGUGAGCGAUUUUGUAAAUGGGCUUUCGACAGGCUCUGGAGGUUCAGAAGAGUUUAUAAACUUCUGCUUUUCACCGGGGACAAGGCUAUUCGAUACGACCCGUUCGAUUACACCACUCGAUACGAGGAACAUUAUGUUAACACCAGUUGUGAUUGGGAUUGUAUCGAAUCUAACGACAGCUUCUUAAUGAUCAGUAACCGAGACAAAGUAGAUGUAUCAGAUUUAUUUGACGAAGGGAGGAGAGACUUCAAAUCGUACCCGUUGAAAAUUUCUAUAUUUAAAACUACGACGAUGCCUGUUAACAAUGGAAAGUUCGGUGGACUGGAUUUCAAUUAUCUCGAAGAGGUUUGUAAGAGAAUGAACGUGACUCCACGUUUGAUCAAAUCUAACGACAGAUACGGUUGGGAAGAGAACGGAGCUUUCUUUGGGUCGCUUGGACAUUUGGUUUACGAAUACGCGGACGUGUCGUUCAAUCAUUUCUUCAUUAAGGAUUAUUUGACCAGGCAGAUCGAAUUCUCGACGCCCAUCAAUACCGACAGACUGUGUGUCUUCGUUCCGAAGGCUGCGCCAGUGCCUGACCAUUUAGUCAUUGUGAAGCUCUUCACAGGGGAGGCUUGGUUGCUGCUGUGCGCAGUGCAAUUCGUCAUUUCUAUGAUCUAUACGAUGCUAAGAGGGAAACGAAACGUAGUAGAGGACCGCGAGUCUUCUAUCGAUUUUGCGGGAAAUAGAAGAGGCGAGGGCGUCGCAUUUGCGAUGGAACUUGGCCGAACGCAUGGCCCCGACACGCGAUGUGUACGGAUUCCGAGAGAGAAGUAUUUCAAGCGAGCUUUUCGCUCCCUCGGGAAAUAUUUGAUUAGAGUGGUUCUGCAGUCGAUGCAACCGUUCAAAUCGGAGUAUCCCUGGUUCCCCGAAAGAUUGCUACUGAUGUGCAGCUUGUUUCUCAGUUUGAUACUAAACGGAAUAGUCACGUCCCAGCUAGCUUCGACGUUCAGCAAACGAUUGCACUAUAAAGACAUCGACACUCUAGAAGAACUCGAGGAAAGUGGCCUGCCCAUCUUGACUAAUACAAAAGACGUUCUACCAGACGCGUUGGCCGAUUCUUCGUCCCCCUUAGUCAGACGACUUCACAACAAGCUGAGAUAUGGGAACGACUCGGAGAUCGAUCAAAGAGUGUUCGAAGCGAGGGAUGCUGCGUUUCUGCAUCGAUUAGCACCCAUCACUCUCAAAUAUACGGAAUAUCAAAUGGAAAGGCUGCACGUCGUUAACGAGUGCCCUCGAGAGGUCUCCGUUUCGCGAUCGCAUAAACAGCGUACUUGGGAGACUGAACAACGGUGGUUUCUAUUGGAAAUGGUACGAGAGUCUGUAUCAAACCAAGAAACGGUUCGCUCAAGAGCUUCACAAUUCUACGAUGCAUCGAAAAAUCACGAUGCGUCAUUUGUCCAUUCCGUUCGCGAUGCUCUAUGCUGGUCUGGCCGUUAGCGCGCUCGUUCUCAUCUGUGAACGCCGGCAAGGCAACAAAAACUACGUGCAAAUGGUUUUAUUUUAAAACUGCCGCAAGCUAAACAUACGCCUGAUUGGACCAAUUCCAUUCUCUAAUGAAAUCUUUCGGUUGUCUCGUAUCGAUAAAAAUUUGUAUAAAAAAAUAUUGAUUGAAAUAAACGAAACAGAGUUUUAUUAAAA